CGGGACUUCGCGUCUCCCAAAUCAACGCUCAUCAACACACCUCAAGACAGCGUCAUCCACAAACGAGAUCCCCUUCCUCCCGCCUUCAGAUAUCCCUACUCAGUCUUAUCAACCCCUCCAACACUCCAUUCUCCCUUAAUUCGAGAUGUCUGACGAGGAGCGGCAACAUGCGCUCGCAUCCUUCAAGACGAAGCUCCUGGAAUCAAGAGAAUGGGAGGCAAAGCUGAAGGCUUUACGGUUAGAGAUCAAGGGCUUGCAGAAGGACUUCGACCACACGGAGGAUAACAUCAAAGCUCUGCAGAGUGUGGGGCAGAUUAUUGGGGAGGUUCUGAAACAGCUUGAUGAUGAGAGAUUCAUUGUCAAGGCUUCCUCUGGCCCUAGAUAUGUCGUCGGCUGCAGAUCAAAGGUCGACAAGGCGGCGUUGAAGCAAGGAACCCGAGUUGCCCUCGAUAUGACGACCCUCACAAUCAUGCGAAUGUUACCUCGAGAAGUCGAUCCGCUUGUCUACAACAUGUCUCUGGAGGAUCCUGGUCAGGUUAGCUUUGGCGGUAUUGGUGGACUGAAUGAGCAGAUUCGAGAACUGAGAGAGGUCAUUGAGCUUCCGUUAAAGAACCCUGAGCUUUUCCUAAGAGUCGGCAUCAAACCUCCUAAAGGUGUGCUCUUGUACGGACCUCCAGGAACGGGAAAGACAUUAUUAGCAAGAGCGGUGGCUAGCAGUUUGGAGACCAACUUCUUGAAGGUUGUUUCAUCCGCCAUCGUCGACAAGUAUAUUGGAGAGUCGGCACGUUUGAUCCGAGAAAUGUUUGGAUACGCCAAGGAACAUGAACCAUGCAUCAUCUUCAUGGACGAGAUUGAUGCCAUUGGUGGCCGAAGAUUUUCAGAGGGCACAUCAGCCGAUCGUGAAAUUCAGCGUACAUUGAUGGAGCUGCUCAACCAGCUUGAUGGUUUCGAUUACUUGGGCAAGACAAAGAUCAUCAUGGCUACUAAUCGACCGGAUACCCUCGAUCCUGCUCUCCUCCGAGCUGGACGUCUCGACAGGAAGAUUGAGAUUCCACUCCCAAAUGAGGUAGGCCGUUUGGAGAUUAUGAAGAUUCAUGCUGCUGGUGUUGUGACGGAGGGCGAUAUCGAUUUCGAGAGUGUGGUGAAGAUGAGUGAUGGCCUGAACGGUGCCGAUUUACGAAAUGUUGUGACAGAAGCUGGACUGUUCGCAAUCAAGGAUUACCGAGAUGCAGUCAACCAAGAUGAUUUCAACAAGGCGGUGCGCAAGGUUGCAGAGUCAAAGAAGCUAGAGGGAAAACUGGAAUACCAAAAGCUCUAGAUGAAAUAGUUCGUUUCCUGCGGUGGCGCCAUGGCAUACAGUUGAGCGGGCGGCUUGACUUUGUAACAAUACCAUAAUGAAUGCAUAGAAUCCUCUGCGUGGACAUAGUUUUCCCGUUACUCAAAC